AUGUUAUUUAGAUCACGCAGACAAGAGAAGAGUCGUAACCUGUCUGGUUCACCUCACCGACGAAAGAAUGAGCGAGCUAGAGAUUCUUCUUCACCACCUGCUCGAAGAAGUCGAAGGACCAGAGAUUCUUCGUCACCGCCAUUUCGAAAAAGAGCCAAGAGUCGCGAUUCACCCCAAGAAGAAAGUUUGUCAAUUGAAGAGACAAAUAAGCUCCGUGCCAAAUUAGGUUUAGCUCCCCUUGAUGUUAAUGAUAAAUCGAAGAGUGCUGACAAGAAUAGUGGCCAAGAAGCAAAUGAGGGUGAAGUUUUUGUAGAAGAUGGUAUGCAGUAUGUGCAUAAAGCUGCUGAACAUAUUGGUGAUAAAAAAAGGGCAGAAGAAAUGAGGGAAAAAUUACAGGUUAUGCGAGAAAAACGAAAGCUACACGACAAAUUAUCCAAGGUCAAAGGCUUAGCUGAUUCAGAUUCUGACGAUGACACUUCAUCUUGGGUAACGAAAACUCGGGAACUGGAAGAGCAGCGGAGGCGUGCAGAAGAGCGUGUGAGUCAAAACUCCUUAAUUUUUUAUGUACUGGAUGCUGGCGACGAGAUAUUAAUAAAUCCGAAUAUGAUCGAAAAUCAACGGUACGCAAGAAAUGCAGAACUGCGAAAGAAGAAAGAUAGAUAUGAACCUUACGCUGAAGAUAUCGAUGAAUUUGGUUUGCCAAAAGAUAAAGGCUUAUUGAGCAAAUACGAUGAAGAAUUGAAUGGUGAAGAAAGAAAAACUUUCAGAUUAGAUGAAAUGGGUGAAGUUGACAUUGAAAAAGAGCGUCAAGAAAUGGAAAUACGACGAAGAUUAUUUAUGGCCAACAAAAAACUGGAGUCCCUUGAUUCGUAUCAGUAUAAAGUAGCGAGUGAAUUUUAUUCGCAGGAAGAAAUGCUUUCAUUUCGUAAGCCUAAAAGAAAGAAGGAUACUAAAAAAAUGCGCAAACGAAAAGAGAAAAUACUCAAAGAUCUUGUGGGUGGUGUCGACUUAACGGGUGUAUUAGUUGACGAUGAUGCUGAAGAAGAGCUCAGUGCUAUGCUGCAUCGUGCAAGGAAAGUCCGGACUUUGGAAGUGAAAAAGGAAAGUGGUGAAAAUGAUGCUGCUGCCAGGGUAUACGAAAUGCUUGUGAAAGAAGAACCUAUGGAGGCAAAUGAAAAUCCAGAAUCGGGCUUAGUAAUUGACUCGACUAUGGAAUAUUGUCGUAAUCUAGAACGGGAUCUUAGUCGAGGUGUUGGUGCUAUGAUGAAAUUAGCAGCUGAAAAAGGUUAUUUGGAUACAAGUCAUGUACAGAAAGUGAAUGGACCAUCGUUGAAACAUUUGGAAAGCAAACGUUUUUCCCAGAUUGAGAUCAGCCGAUAUGACAUAGAAGAAAAAUAUACCAAGAAACUAGAAAGAAUGGGUACAACUGGUACUGGACCCAUCCGACCAUUUCCUGAAAAAGUCGAUUACACUCCUGAUAUUAGAAUUAAUUAUGUCGAUGAACGUGGUAGAGAAAUGGAGCCAAAGGAUGCGUUUCGGGUAUUGAGCUGGAAAUUCCAUGGUAAAGGGCCAGGAAAGAAGCAGAUUGAAAAGAGACAAGCGAAAAUUGAUAAGAAGGAGUUAAUGAAAAAAAUGAAUUCUAUGGACACACCAUUAGGUACCUUGAACAAGCAGUUGAAAAAACAAGAAUCUAUGCAGACACCAUAUAUCAUUUUGAGUGGUUCAGGACGUGACACUGGGGCACCGCUAAAAAAAGAAUAA